UUGCAUUUCAGUGUUUGUGUGUGUGUGUGUGUUUAGUUUGGUUUAUUUAUACAAAUCUUAAUAAUAUAGUCACAAGACAUUUGGACAUUGUCGAGCAUAGAUUAUUAUUCAUUUUGUGUGUUAAUUCAAGAAUUUUCUACAACAUCAACAAACAACAAUGAUGAUUAAAGUAUCUUUUUAUUGCUUAAUGCUAUUGAUCGCAGUGGCUUAUGGACAGAAUCAAACCUGCGACAAAGUUCUGGAUUCAAUGAUAGACAGCUGUAAAGCUAUUCGAUCAACACUUAUUUCGAUGGAUAGUUUGGAUCCAAAAAAUGCUUGUUGUAAAAAUGCACGUUAUGAUUUAUGUGUACAAGGUGUAAAAGCUUACGUAACAGUGGCAAGAUCGACAAGAAUUUGUCAAGAAUCACAUUAUGAAGAAAAAUUAAAUUCAUUAGAAUCAAAUGUGGCAAUGCAAGCUGUGAAAAAAUUAUGUGAAAAUUUUGAUACAAAAACAUGUAUCACCGAUACUGUUACUAGUGCAUGGAGUUCAAUCAGUGAAACAUUGAAUCCAACAAAUCUAUCCGAAACGAUUAGUAAAAAUUUUAAUGAAGCAAUGAAUUCGAUUAAUAAUUUUAUGAAAAAUUUCGGCAGUCAAACACAAAAUGUUGGUAAAGAUGCAUCGGCUGGACUCAAUGGCCUAUUGCGACAACAAUCGAAUAAUGAAUAUUUCAUUGCAACGGAUACACAGCCACAACUACCAUCAUCAUCAUCAUCAUCGAUUAAUUCAUUGACAAAUUCAUUAUCAAAAUUUUUCCAACAAAUAACACAACCAGUAGAAGUUGUGCCGAAACAAGAUGAAAAGAAAGAUGGUUAAUCAUUCAAUGAUGAUGAUAACGAUGAAACACUGCUAUUUUUACCAGAAAAAAACAAAAAAAAAAACACAACCAUAAACAAGACAAAUGGUAAAUUCAUUUUCAUGAUUGACUUUUUUUCCAAGAAAAUUUUUUUAAGAAAAUAUUAUAUGAAAUAUAAACGUAGAAUUUGUUUAGUUGAUUUUAGAAAA